CGUUUCCGGGACGCGUGAAUGCCUCGGUAUAGAAGCGCGGUUCCUGAAGAGUGGCGUGAACAGGAGAGAGGAGGCGCACUGCAAACACAGCCCGACGAUACACAGCGUUAACUUGCACAUUAGGAGCAUCGGAUAUUGUAUCUCGUACUAUUGUUUCGUGGCUUUCGUCCGGCGGCUGCAGGCUGUUUGAUAAACGUCUCGGUUCGGCCGAAGUCGUUGCGCCAACUCGCACAGCUAAACAACAAACCGUUAUCUCUAGCUAGCUAGCUCCAGUUAGCGUGUAGUUAGCCGUCGAGGUAGCCGUCCAGCUACAAUGUCGGGUGUUGUGCGAGGCCCUGCUGGCAACAACGACUGCCGAAUUUACGUGGGAAAUCUCCCCCCCGAUAUCCGCACCAAAGAUGUGGAAGAUGUCUUCUACAAAUACGGAGCGAUCCGAGACAUCGAUCUGAAGAACCGGAGAGGGGGGCCUCCCUUCGCCUUUAUUGAGUUUGAGGACCCGAGGGACGCAGACGAUGCUGUGUACGGACGUGAUGGAUAUGACUACGACGGCUACCGGCUGCGUGUGGAGUUUCCCCGGAGCGGCAGGGGCUCAGGCAGAGGAGGCUUCAGCGGGGGGGGACUUGGCGCUCCUCGGGGCAGAUAUGGGCCCCCAUCCAGACGCUCCGAGAACAGGGUCGUAGUCUCGGGGCUCCCCCAGAGUGGCAGCUGGCAGGACCUGAAGGACCACAUGCGUGAGGCUGGCGAUGUGUGUUACGCUGACGUUUACAGAGAUGGAACCGGGGUUGUAGAAUUUGUGCGCAAAGAAGACAUGACCUAUGCCGUUCGAAAGCUGGACAACACCAAAUUCCGCUCACAUGAGGGAGAGACUGCGUACAUUCGUGUGAAAGUAGAUGGUCCCCGCAGCCCGAGUUAUGGAAGAUCACGCUCCCGUAGCCGUGGCAGCCGGAGCAGGAGCCGCAGUCGCAGCGCCAGCCGCAGCCGCAGCAAUUCCCGUGCCCGUGGCAGAGGAUCGCCCCGCUACUCGCCUCGUCACAGCCGCUCUCGCUCUCGUUCCUAAAUCUUUCUCCCAUCGAUGUUUUGCUCUUUUGAUGAAUCCCCUGUAUACCCUCCUGUUUUUACCCCUUAUAAGUUUUUCCAGAUGUCAACUAUUGAUUUUAAUUUUUUGCAUUUCAUGUCCCGAUGUCCUUGUGGAUGAUCUUGGUAUGUAGAUGUACCCCUUUCACCUUUCCUCCCCUUUCCAGCUUUGUCCUUUGUUUUGCACCCUUCCCCUUUUUUUGACUGUCUUCUCAAUUUUUGCAACGUUAGAAAUUGUGCUGUGCUGAACUUCAAAAAGGUUGAGUUGUAACGAGUUGCACUCAAUGUUUUUGCAAGUGUUAAAUUGAGUUUUUUUUUUUUUCCUCCUCACGGGAUGGCUGGGGUGGGUAUAUAGGGUGGGGGGCCUAAUGUUUAACUGUAUUUUACCCUUGUGUCUUCCUUUAGACAUCUGAAGAUAAGGAUUAAAGAAUGAUUUGGAAUAAAACCAUUGUGGAGCACAUUUCAUUUGUAUGGUCAGGAUAGGACAUCUAAUUCAGGAGGAGUAAGGUCGAGAGGCUAUGGUACGCUUCAUAUUCCAUAAAUUGAUGUUUUAAUUGGUUGCCAUAUGCUGCAUGUCAUAAUUUAACUAAGCCCUAUGUGCUGUACUUCAUGUAAUUUUUUUAACACUCUACUCUGGUCUUGCGCCAGAAUGAGCAGUCCUAAAUCAGUAUUGUGACAUCAGUGUAGCUGUGUAACAUCUUUACUGUCACGUGCAAAAUCUGAAUUGCUAUUUGGGUGGGAAGGUGUUCCAGUUAAAAUCUCUUCAUUACUUAAAUGUAUGACUUCAGGGAAUGACAGUUUGGUGCUCAUUGGCAUUUUUCUUGACCAGUGUCUGUCAUGAGUGCUCAACAUGAAAAAAAAAAA